AUGCAGGACCGCCUAUAUGCCCGUUCAACCGGUGACCUGACCCCUCAGGCCCUGGCUCGGAGCACCACGACAGAGCUUCUGCGCAGCUUCACUCACGCGCCACAACAUCGCUUCGAUGGCGAGACAGACGAGCAGGGUAUUUCACGGACUGCCAGCAUAUGGGCGCAUCGCGCCGGUGUCAAUGCGCUAGCACUGGACAAGUUCGACGGCCGUCACUUGCUUUCAGGAGGUGCCGACGGUGCUUUAAGACUCUGGGAUCUCGACCACUGCGGCAACCCCCAUGAGCGCCAUACAUUUCGGCCCAUUGCCGACGUGCCCCGAUCCGCCCGUGACAGCACCGAUGGUCACAAGCACGGCAUCACCCAUCUCGGCUUCUACCCCUUUGACUCCGACGCCUUCCUAUCCAGCUCCUUUGAUCGAACGCUGAAGCUCUGGUCCACCAAGCAGAUGCGCACGUCGGCCAGCUUUGAUCUCGAGACGGUCAUACAUAGCCACGCUACGAGUCCACUCCCAGGCCACUUGCUUGUUGCCUGCGCCACCCAGCACUCCGCCGUUCGUCUUGUUGACCUCAAAUCGGGCUCUGCUGUUCAAUCCCUCGCUGCUCAGGGAGGGGCUGUCCUGUCCGUAGCCUGGAGCCCCAGGCACGAGCACGUGCUCGCCAGUGGCCAUGCUGAUGGCCGGGUCCGCGUCUGGGACGUCAGACGGGCCAGCGGUGUGAUUGGCAUGCUGGAUCACGAAGACAGCCUUGGCAUUGUCCACCGGUUCGACCACGCCAUGGCAUCAGGCAUGUCGUGGGACGACGGACCUCAUUCCCGGGCCGCUGCGCGAGCCCACGAUGAUUCCGUCAAUGGCCUCUGCUGGACCGAUGACGGCAAGUACCUUGUAUCAGCAGGCCUGGACCGCCGAAUACGUGUAUGGGACGCUGCGACGGGUGCCAACACAUUGGCAAGCUUUGGGUCCAUCGUCCAAAACAGCAGUGCUGGCACAGCCAGUCUGUUCGCAUCCCCGUCAGGCCUGACAGCUGGCCACAGGGAUCUCCUUUUCUGGCCCAACGAACAAGAGAUUCUUGUCCUUGACCUGCACGAGGGCACGCUGUUGACACGGCUGCGUGUGCCGGGUCCACCAAACGUGGCAAGUGGCCAGGCAGCCGGAGGCUUGAACAUCAAGAACCGAACCAUGAGCAUGGUCUGGCGAGGUGCUGGUGGACAGGGACUUCAGAACGGUACCAUCAUGGGUAGUGGAAGCUCCUUUGGUGCGAUUCUGACAGCUCAUCUGGACGGGCAGAUCCGUGUCUGGAUGCCGCAGCUUCCAGGGCCAGAGGAUGACGACCCCCAGGAGGCAGCCCCGGACGACGAUGACGAAGAUGCCAAGCAGCGCAAGCGCAAAGCUGUUGACGACGCGUUCAAGAGCCUCAUGGGGAGACAAGUAACCUUUACUUGA